CUUAACUGCCGACAUUGCAUUUCUUCCCUUCCUAGCCUACGUGAUCGUCCAGAGCAUGUAUGAACUUGCUCUGUUGCUCACCGCGCAUUAAUUGCCGCGGUGCACAUACAGUAACGCAUUGAAAGUCUUACACAGCGAUCAAUAGCAUCAGUGGAGCGCUGCACACGUCGCGACCUCGCGGGAACGUUAGGAUAACGUUCGCUCGCACCGCGCUCGCACGUGCGUUGUUAUACAGCACCGCUAGGUCCUGGCGCUCACUUGAAUGGCUGCUGCCCACAUAUCCGAGCUCGUCACGGAGCUGCAGACGGAGUAUGACCGCAGUCGCGCAUUCCUGUCCGCGCUGGAGCAGAGCUUGAAGGAGUCGCGCGUGGACGACCACAGGCGUGAAGCAACGGCUGAUGGCUCUGAGCUUGGCGACGUGGCAGAAACCGAGGCGCCGGAGUCGACUACGACAUGCAUCGCGGCUCCUCCUACGAAGCCUAGCUCGCUCUUGAGGGGCAAGCUAGCGCGCUUCUUCUCCCGGAAGGAGAGCAAGUCCACCUCCAGCAGCAAAGCUGUCGUGGUCGAUCCGACCGCAGAGAAUGACGCGAACGUGUCUCGCGUCCAGGGUUUGCGCCGGGCUUCGGUCGUGGCGCUGGGUGACCACCUAGAAGACAGUUGCGUAGCCAGCGGCGGCCAGUCGCCCUUGGCCAAGCGCUCGCAGUCCUUCGUGACGCGCUCCGGCAAUUCCCUGGCGGCCAUGCCGCCGGCGCCGCAGUCGGCGGCAGCGAUGUUGCGUGCCACCAGCUUCCGAGCGCCAGCGCCAGCCACCAUCAGCAGCGCCAGCCAGUACCUCUUGGACAGCAGCCUUGUGCCGCCCUAUCCCGCGGCCGCCACAGUCGCCGUCUCCGCCAGCCAGCUGUCGCUGCCGUCAGUCGACUUCAGGCGCGCCUCCUUUUCCGUGGCCCGCGGCGGCGGAGCCGCUGGCGGCACUGGCGGCCUGCCGGGCCUAGGCCAAAGUUCACACCGCCACCGCAGUAGCGUCGAGGCCAUGAUUGGGCAGGCGCCUCUGCCUAGCGGCGGCAGCUUCAGCGGCGCUGGCAGCCGCGCCAGCGUCGAGCUGCCGUACGCGGUGGCCCCGGGCGCGGGUGCCGCUACCUCCGUGCCCGCGGUCACCAGCGGCACUGGCGCCGGCAUCACCAGCAACGUCAACAGCUGCGGCACCAGCGGCGCCUCGCUGUUCAAGAAGCUGCAGCAGCUGAACUUGCCCAUCAGCGAGUGUGGAGUGCCGGAGCUGCUGUCGCCGGUGGCCUCGCCACGGGCCACCCUGCUGGCCGGCAGCACCCUUUUCGCACCUGGGCAGGCAGCAACCACCUCGCAGCGCACCCAGUCGAUGCAGCACUCGCCGUCCUUCCAGCGGCGCUCCGUCACCAGCACUACUAGCAGCGCGCAGCACACGUUCGUUGACGGCGCCGCCGCCCAUAUCGCGUCUGGUGCUAUGCAGCCGACGGCGUCCAUGGCGGACUGUGGCGCCGACGCGUUGCAACUGUCCCAGGCUGGCACCGGCGGCAGUUCCAGCGGCGCCAGCGCGCGCCGCAGCUCGCUACACAUGCCGCCGUCAGCAGCGCCGUCGUUGUCGGCCCUGCGCAGCCAGAGUUUCCGCCACGGCGGUGUCGGCGGCAGCGUCUCGCGCACCAGCACUACUGGCCCCGGCUGCGGCACCUGCGCCACAACCGCUGCCGCCAUCACAAACGAGCACGCCGACGUGGCGCCGGAAGACAAUGACGAUGACAAGUUCGGUGGCGAGCUCGAUGGCGUCGAGGCCUCGAUGCUGGAGCGCCGCGUCGCGUCAAUGGGGCCCAUGCCUGGUGGCGCGGCGACGUCGCUCAUGGCCAGUCUGCUGCGCCGUGCGGAUGGCGCGAUUGCGGCGUCGGCGCCGCCCACUGGCGGCAGCAGCGGCGCCACGCCCAACGCCGCCAGCGGCCCCGCCAUGUUUGUCGGCGCGGUGGACGUUGCAGAUGUGGUGGCCUCGGGUGCGAGUGAGGCGGAUGCGCUGCUGAGCCCAUUGCCGCCUGGAGGAGGGGCAAGCGGAGCAGGCUCGCGGCAUGUCAGCGGCGCCGCCGCCUUCGUAUCUGUUGGCGCCCUAUGCGGCUCGCCGUCAUCACGCCGCCUGACCGCCACGCAGCUGACGCCGCCGCUGCUGGUGUCGCCGGUCGGCCACCGUGCGGCGACCCUGCUGCAGUCCCACAACAGCUUCGGUCAUCAUGCGCUGUCGCCCACGCCGCCGCCGGCCGGGCCCCUGGCUCCGCAGCCGCCACACGGCGUGCUGGGUGCGGCAGCUACGGUGGAUGGCAGCCAGUCGCCGGCGGCGGGUGGCGCGGUCGCAUCACCCAGCUACCUGUCCCAGCACCGGCGCAUGUCGUUCAGGGCGAGCAGCAGCACCACUGCCUGUGGCACGCCAGGCUCUGGGUUCAGCGGUGGCGCGGCUUUUGUCAUUUGAGGGGAAUGGACCUUGGGUUGCUGCUGUUUCGCACGCACAGCAGCAGGUGGUCUGAAAGGCAACCGUGGGUUCUGGCAGGCAAGCGUAAGAAAUGGUCACUGCAGUUGGCAGGACUUGUCACAAAAUGGGUCUUGAUGCUUAUAACAAUUCAUCUGCACGAAAUGGGUCUCGAUCCUUAUAAAAAUUCAUCUGUGGGCAUGUACGUGGCUGUGCAAAUGGGUUUCCAUUACUGGCUCUGGAAGCUGCGGCGACCCAGUAUUAAUGACUUUUGCUCAAUACGUUUGCUUGGCACCUGGAAAGUUUGCGGUUGGCAGUAAGCGCAAGGUGGCGCCAUCAAGUAUGGUCAGAGAGCUUAGCCCAUUAGGCGCUGCGUGCCAUGGCCGUGCGGAAAACCUCGGGACGCUACGACGCAGGGGCACUACACCGCUAAGCUUCUGAGAAUUUGUGAUGAGGCGUCCUCCCCAAAACUGUUGGCUGCUUCUGGUGGGCCCGUAGCCACAGGACCCAGAUCUGAAUUGGACAUGCAAAGUGCGUCACGUGCUUUCAAGUGGAGUUACGGUACGGACGUGCCAUCUCUCUGUGCAGGCCGCCAGUUCAGUGGAAAUAAAGGUUGAGAGUGUGCGGAACAAAACAGCUGAGGCGGACAAUCAAUUUACUUUAUGAUGUAGACUGCGCGUGUCGAGUGCCCAAAGUAUGUAUGUUUUAAGUUCACGGGAUUGCUUAGUGGGGUGCAGCUUAUAAUAGCUAGCUCCCAUGCCACGAAUGCAGCCAGGUGUGUUCUACGCUGAGACCCCUUAAGGGCUGACACAGUUGCGACGAUUCUACUCUUGGCGCGGCGUGCUGGCCUGUUCUUUGCAGACCACCUGCUGAGCUUGCGUGAGCGCGCACAAAUGGAUGGAGGCCCGUGACCCAACUGUUUCAACACGCUGGUGCAUUCCUGUUUGGGGUAAUAAGUUGCGGUGCGAGUCUGAGCGCGCAUCUCGAUGGUGGUGAAGUGCGGUGCCGUCGGAGAGCGGUGCUGAGGGUGCACACGCACGGUCAUCUGUGUAUUUGUGAUUACAACUUGCAUCCGAAAGUUAUAUGCACAUGCAUUCCUCAAGCCAAGUGCGCCAGCCCCCUGACGCCUUGCCAGCAGGCGCAGGGGAUAGAGGUAGUGAAGGACGUGGCUCAUUUAGCGGAAUGCUGACGCCACUUGCAGGUGCGGCGCCCGGGAGACCAAAAGCACGAGGGAACUUGGUUUGCGUAGUUUUAACUACUUGCAUGACGUGGGACGAAAGACAUGAGCCAUCAUUUGCUUUCCAGCCAGCGGACACCGAGUAGGUGGCGGCGUGGCGCUGUUGCGGCAGAGCGGUGGGUCUGGCCAUUCAGGAGGUGGCACCGAUAAGAAGGUUGGGAUGCUUUUCAGGGUCAUGGAUCAGCACUGUCUGUGCAAAAUGACGAUGGGCGGACGCUUCAAGGAUAGAUAGCUAGAUGACUUGCAUGCGAGUGGUGCGUGAUGGAUGCAGAUUGCGCCCUGCUCGGUUCAUUCCUUGUCACCGCUUUGUCACCAACGGAGGGCGGCAGGAAGGCAAGGUUUAACACUAGCUGAAGGUGUGUGUGACGUUCGUGGUCGUGCGGCAAUCGCAGUACGCAGAAGACGCUGGCUGCCGUAUGUUAUGUCGGUGUGAGGCGGCGUUUGUGCUGGACAUCCCCGCGCGCCUAGCGCUGUACGUUUCUUUGGCAGCCCAAAAUACGGGGUUCCUGGCCUUGAGCGGGACAUGAGGCAGUAAUGCAGUAUGCUCGAACCGGCAAUGUAAGAAAGCAUUGGGCGUAUCGACGCUGUCCUGGACGUGAGCACACGCACUGGAGGGGAAGUCUGGCGUGGCGUGCGCGCGGAGGUCGGUCACAUCACAGCGCCAGACAAUCUCCCAUCGCGACGCUAUUAAUAUCCUUACGG